AUGAAGAUAACGUCUCAAACAGCGAUUCAUGAUCCUUAUGGUCUCAUGACUCCGGAGACUCUGGAAAACUCGUCUCCCCUGGUGAAUACGGCGUUAACUAUCUAUGAGAGCCUCAGUCAUGAUCUUGAAUUCGAUGCACGGAAAUCAGCCCUCAUCUCAAAACGCAUCAACUUCCCUUGGAACGAGCUCAAAGAAGCGCUUUUUUUACGUCUAAAAGGUACCGCAAUCACUAAGGGUGAGAUGGAUCUCAUCGUUCACGAGUGGCAGAAACCGGGCCAGGUGGACUUCGAACUAUUGAAGGAUGAAUGUUUUGCACGUAGUGCAAAGGAAAUAGAGGGAAUGCUCAGCAAACUUUCUGCAUCAUACAAGAAAUUUGCUAGUCCCAACUUGCUUUUAAUCCCAACUCUUGAAACAUGCAUAGCCCGUCGUGAGUUUUUAAGAAGUGAGGUUCUUAGGUAUAUCUCAAACGAUAUGAUACUUCACUUGCAAGAACUACUUCCCAGAAGGUUUCGAAGAAGACCCUUCUGGCUGCAGCGGGAGGAGGAAUUCGUGUCCCAUGCUGUGAAAAAUGAUUACUCCAUGAAAGAGAUGCAAAGGGAGUUAGUCUUCCGCACGCCAGGGCAAAUCGAGGCUAAGGUGGAAUCAUUAUCCCAGAAAAUGCAUAAUACCAGAGCUGAUGAGGCAAAAAUGUUACAUGGAAAGGCUGAGUAUUAUAUGAGCAACGACCUUACCUACAGCGCUGUAUCGCAUGCUAUAGAUGUUGUGAAGACGGACCUCUUAAUAAAGGCUAUUCGUAAUGCCAUAGAGGAAAUGGGUGGAAGCCAAAUGGUACCGUUUACAAAAGGAGAACUUGAUUACUUGCGUGAGAUUGUUAAUAAAGAGUAUUCGAUGGAGACAAUACAGAAGGAGCUCAUCUUCAGAGAAGAGGAAGAAAUACGCGACAAGCUCAAGUUAGUGCUGAUUACGUGUCUUCGAAAAAAAAAAUUUUCUAGCAGCGUCGACAGGCUAGUUUACGAGGCGGAAUGGUAUGCUUCAAUGGGUAAUACUGACAACGGUGGCUCAAGACGCAGUCGACAUCGACCAUCCACAAGAAGUUCUUCAACACGGGGAUCAGAUGCCGUUGUGCCGAAGCAUGAUGCUCCUCAUACGCAAAAGCAGGAGAGUUUAAAAAACCGGCGUGAAGUGAUAGAACAGGCUGCGCUUAAAAGAAAAGAUACUAUGCGUAGAAAGCGAGAAGAGAGGCAGAAGUUUCUUCAGAAAAUCAAUCCACAUAACCAGACAAACGCAGGGGGGUGGGAACUGAAGCGCCGCCUACGCAGUAAGGAGAAAUCUUCCCUCGUGGAUUCCCUUCUAGCUGAUGCUACCUGGUUUCAGAGUGUAACUGGGGACGGAAGUGAAGUUAAAGAGGGCCAAAAAAGAAUAAGAAAGCGUGCGUCACAUUUUGUGCCAGAGUUUGAAUCCAGACAAAAGAUAAAGAGAGUGAAACGAAAAUUAGAGGAUGCCAAAGCUGCAAAGGCUGCGGAGAAGAAGACAGCCAAAGGCAAGCGCAACGGCAAAGUUCGUAAACAAAAACUCCGACCAGGAAAGAGGGGCAGGGGUCGACCUAGAAGGGAGGAAUACACCGAUGACUCUGAAGCGGGCACAGAUUCGGAACUGGAUUCCGAGUCCGAAUCUGAUACAGAGUUGGGAAAUGAAGAAAUCGGUUCAGCAAGUCCCCAACAUCUCCUUGAAGAAGAAGUCUCAGAAGAGGAGGAGGAAGAGCCCAGCCCUUUUGAACCAACAAAUGUUCUUAAUGACACAUUGGUGCCUCUUAAAGGAAGGCGGUUCUUUAAUAAGUCAAUUCUGAACUUAGCACUGAUGCCAGAGAAUGUCAAGUUCACAGAAGAAGCGCUGAUGUUGGAGUCGACCGAUGAAGUUCCCUUUAGCAACCUUACAGCUGUUGAUGUUGUUAAGUCUCAUGCGAGAAAUUACAGAUCUCUACCGGACUCAUUUCCUCCCCUUACUAUACGCCAAAACGACGAGGACAUCGUCAACCCAAACAAUAUUGUUAGAGUGAGACAUCUUCUUUAUCCGCAGCAUACUGACGCUUUCAUCCUAGCUCUGCCUAAAAGUAAUGAACUCAACCCGCUUCUUGAGAUUCAAAAGAUGAUACAGAUUCAUGCUGCGCUUUAUUUCUCAUACUCACCUGAACUUCAGGAAUAUAUCUUCGAGGAAUAUUGCCAAAAGCUAAAACAAGCUGUCGAUAACAACAAAUUCAAUCAGUUCAUGAUUUUGAUCGAUCGUUGGAAUUUAUUGAUGCUAGAACUCACUCCUUACGCCCUUGAAUGCGAUCCUUCUGAUGAUAUCAAUCCAGAAGCGAGGUUGUAUCUUCCAUUCAACUAUCGAAAAAACCAUUCAGAGUCCGAUCUCAACUUGGAGAUGUUUUUCACUGAGAUCAUCAACAAAGGCCAGGCGAUAAAGCAAAGAGGCCGCAAACCUUUGAGACAGUUAGACAUCAACGAGGCCAAUGGCAGCUACUCGGAAAUUCGACUUAGUAGUGAGAUACCGACUGGCGUUGCAAGCAUAAAGGAGAGUACCGACCACGCUAAUGUUCAGAAGCAUUCAUCUCGAUUUAGUCAUUUGCGGCCUGCUAAUUAUUCAUUUUGCCUUUUGCGCCUUCUUAAAAGUCAAAGAGCAAUUUCGAGAUAUGCGGUGCAGCAGAUACUUAACGCCGCUUACAGUCGAAUAGUGGGACCGAACUCAAGAAAAUUACGUUCAUACAAGGCAUUCACAGCAGAAGUCUACGGUGAGCUUCUUCCAUCCUUCAUUUCUGAGGUGUUCACCAAAGUUGGAUUGAAGCCACUGAGCCUGUUCUACGACCUAGGGUCGGGCGUUGGAAAUACAACAUUUCAAGCAGCAUUGGAGUUUGGAGUGAAGGAAAGCGGGGGCUGUGAAAUCAUGUCACAUGCAUCUAACCUAACUAGUUUACAGACCACGUUCUUGGAGAAAAAAUUGCAGGUUUGGGGCUUGCAUCCUCUAAAUAUCACAUUUGCUUUAUCUCAGUCUUUCGUGAACAAUAACGAGGUAAGAAAGAAAUGCCUAAACUGCGAUGUGAUUCUUGUCAACAACUACCUUUUUGAAUUUCCACUUAACGUUGAAGUGGGCAAGCUUUUGUACGGACUCAAACCGGGGUCCAAAAUUAUAAGUCUUAAAAACUUUAUUCCCCCGAGAUACAAGGCAGGCAGCGAGAACACGGUUCUAGACUAUCUUAAAGUCGAGAAGUUUGAAAUGAGUGAUUUUUACUCAGUCAGUUGGACUGCUAAUAAAGUCCCCUAUUAUAUUUCUACAGUACAAAGGAAAAUUCUUCCUGAUUAUCUAUGA